GCCUCAUCACUACGAGGAAACGAAACUCAACCAGGAGAAUCAGACACAAGUUUUCAAAGUGCAGUUUGCUUUAAACCUCUUGGGCAGUGACUUUUACAAAACAACAUUACAGAUAUGGCCACUGCCAGCAGUCUGCUAUCAGAGGAGAAGUUCCUGUGUUCUGUCUGUCUGGAUGUGUUCACUGAGCCAGUCUCAACACCAUGUGGACACAGCUUCUGCAGAGCAUGUAUCCAGAAGUGUUGGGACAACAGUGACGACUGCAAGUGUCCAUUAUGCAACAGGACAUUUUCUCCAAGACCUGAACUCCAAGUCAACACUUUCGUGUGUGAGUUAACUGCUGAGUUUAAAGCUUUAGUACAAGUCAAGGCCUCGACUCCAGAGCCACAACUUCCUGGAACAGCAGACGUUCUUUGUGAUAUCUGCUCUGACAUGAAGGAAAAUGCUGUUAAAUCUUGCCUGACGUGUUUAGCGUCUUUCUGUAAAGUGCACCUCGAGCCACAUCAGAGAGUUGCUGCUUUCAAGAGCCACACAUUAUUAGACCCUGUGAAGAAUCUUGAUGACAGAAUGUGCAAAACACACAACAAGUUAACAGAACUGUACUGUAGGACUGACCAGGCCUGUAUUUGUCUCAAGUGUUUCAAAACCGAUCACAAGAGUCACAAUGUUGUUCCACUUGAGGAAGAAUACGAAGCCACUUUGGCAAAAAAAGAUGAGACGAUGGCAAAUAUCCAAAAGAUGAUUCAGUCACGGUCUGAGAAGAUAGCUGAGAUUGAAAACUCAGUUGAUGUCAGCCAGAGAGAAGCUGAGAAAGAGAAAGAAGCCAGUGUGCAGGUCUUCACUGACUUGAUCUGCUCCAUCCAGAGCAGCCAGGCCGAGCUUGUUGAGGUGAUUGAGGAGAGGCUCAGAGCAACAAAGCAGAAGGCUGAAGCUUUUCUCACUGAACUGAGGAUGGAAGUCGCUGAGCUGGAGAGCAGAAGCAGCCAGCUGGAGCAGCUGUCACAGUCUGAGGAUCACCAUCAUUUCCUCCAGAGCUUCCCAACGUUGUGCUCUCCUUUAAACAAGGACUGGACCAACACUGGUGUUCACAGCAACCUGUCUCUUCAGGGAGUGAGAGAUGAGUUGACUCUGCUGAGACAAAGAGUUGAUGAAAUAAAGGAGGAGAUUCCUGAAAUCAAUGAAAAAGAUCAAAUGAAAAGAAUGAGAAAACAUGCAGUGGACUUGACCUUUGACCCUGAAACAGCAUUUCGCAAUCUUGUCAUAAGCCAGGAUGGAAAACAAGUGACGAAUGGAGGCAGAGAUCAAAAACGUCCCAAAAAUCCAAAGAGAUUUGAAAUAUGUCCAGAAGUUUUGGCAAAGGAAGGAUUCACAACAGGGAAGUUUUACUAUGAAGUGCAAGUGAAAGACAAGAUUGGCUGGAUUGUUGGAGUGGUCAGAGAGCCUGUUAACAGAAAAGAGAACACACCUCUUUCAGUUGAAAAUGGUUGUUGGACCAUUGGGCUUCAUGACGGUAUAUAUAGAGCAUAUAGAAAACCAAGUGUUGAACUCAGACUGAAAGAAAAGCUUGAUAAUGUGGGCAUCUUUGUGGACUAUAAUAAGGGAGUGGUUUCUUUCUAUGAUGUGAAUUCUAAAUCACACAUCUAUUCUUUCACUGGCUGCCACUUUAGAGAGAAACUUUACCCAUACUUCUGCCUUGAAGGGUACCUCAAUGGAGCAAACUCUGCUCCAAUCAUCAUAACACCUGUUCCUCAAACACACUGAGACCGUUCCUUCAUUAAGAGAGAUAUUAUUACAGUAAUAUUGGUCUUUGUCAAAGCACUUAACACACCUGCAGAAACUACUGACAGCAACUUCCAAAUUAUCCAACUGGUCUCUUUAUUAUUUACAUGUUUUCUCUCCAUGCAUUCAUAUUACAAUCAUGACACUGCAUAAGUGACAAUCAGUUUCUUUUCCUGCCAUAUUCUUGUAUGUAAAUAUGUAGAUUUAAACUAAUGAUACAGAUGUUCUUCAUUAUAGUCAGAUCCAGUUGUAUUACAGUGGAUUAGUUUGUCAUUUAUCACAAUAUAUAAAGUUACUUUGUAAGGAUAUAAUAUUGCUCUCUUGUGCAUAUUUUGAUUAUUGCAAGAAGUUAUGUGGCAUAAAUUGUAACAUUCUUGCAAAAUAGUAUCAAACAUGUUUUGUCUUUCAAAUAUUCUGCUGUAUAUACAGCCUCACACUAACUAUGAUGAUCAUUAGGAGAUUGUUUUCAAGUGUUAAUGGACAGUUCCUUGAAGAAAAUACCAGUGCAUAUGAUUUAUUCAUUUUACUGAUUUUGUGUAAUUCACAGGGGCCUGAAAUGAGCAUUUGAGCAUUUGUUGAGUGGCCAGGGGCCAAAAUAAAGUCCACAUAAAUGUGUCAUUUCUACCUAUAUAAUUAUAUUGUCAGCUCCUGUCAUAUAAUAUUGGAUGAGUUCAUCAAUGCCAUUAAUAAUGAUAUAAUGCACUGUUAAUUUGUUAAGAUAUGAUGUCGCUCUCUUGUGCAUAUUUUGAUUAUUGAAAAAAGUUAUGAGGCAUAAAUUGUAACAUUCCUGCAAAAUCAUGUCAGACACGUUUUGCCUUUCAAGUAUGCUACUGUAUAUACAGCCUCACACUAACUGUGAUGAUAA